GGAGGACAGGAGGAAGGCGCGUCCGGAAGCCACGAUGGUGCGGUUCAAGCACAGGUACCUGCUAUGCGAGGUGGUGGCCGAGGACCCGCGCUGCCGGCGCUGCAUCGACGAGCGCGCCGUGACCACCGCCGCCAAGGGCGCCUUGGCCCGCGCCUACGGGGACUACGGGCUGGCCUGCUGCUCCAUCGCCUUCACAGGUCAAGUGAAGUACCUGAACGCUUACACGGGCGUCGUGUUGCUGCGCUGCCGCAAGGACUUCUACCGCCUGCUCUGGUCCGCGCUGCCCCUCGUCACGCACCUGGAGAGCCGGGGCCAGCGGCACCCCUGCUUCUUCCACACGCUGCACGUCGGGGGUACAAUAAGAUCAUGUCAGAAGUUUUUAAUUCAGUAUAACAGAAGACAACUAGUGAUGCUUUUGAACAGUUGUACCAAUAAAGAGGAGAGAGAGUCCAUUCAGAAGUCACUACUUGGCUGCUUUCUUCAGGAAGCAGAAGAGGAGCAGUUUCAAAGUGGUGAGGAAGAGGAUGACUGUGCAGAGACAGACUAAACAUAGU